GCGCACGGAGCAUGCGCAGUGUCUCCGGCGGCGGCGGCGGCCCCGCGCGCUGCACCCGGAUCUGCUCGGCGGCGGCGGCGGCGACGUGAGCGCGCAGGGGGGCGGCGGCCUCGCCUCGUCCGUGUCCUGCGCCUGGGUCGGCCGGGUGACGCCGCGCGCCGCAGACAUGUCGGAUUUCGACAGCAACCCCUUCGCCGACCCGGACCUCAACAACCCCUUCAAGGACCCGUCAGUUACACAGGUGACAAGAAAUGUUCCACCUGGACUUGACGAAUACAAUCCUUUCUCAGACUCAAGAACACCUCCACCAGGCAACGUGAAAAUGCCCAAUGUACCCAGCACACAGCCGGCAAUCAUGAAACCGACAGAGGAACACCCCGCUUACACACAGAUUGCUAAGGAACAUGCCUUGGCCCAAGCUGAACUUCUUAAGCGUCAGGAGGAACUAGAAAGAAAAGCGGCAGAACUAGAUCGUCGAGAGCGAGAAAUGCAAAACCUCAGUCAACACGGAAGGAAAAAUAAUUGGCCUCCUCUACCGGAAAAUUUUCCUGUGAGACCUUGCUUCUACCAGGACUUUUCUGUAGACAUUCCUGUAGAAUUCCAAAAGACAGUGAAGAUUAUGUAUUACUUAUGGAUGUUCCAUGCUGUGACUCUGUUCCUGAAUAUCUUUGGCUGCCUGGCUUGGUUUUGCGUUGAUCCUACAAGGGGGGUCGAUUUUGGACUGAGUAUCCUGUGGUUCGUGCUUUUUACUCCUUGCUCAUUUGUCUGUUGGUACAGACCACUGUACGGAGCGUUCAGGAGUGACAGUUCAUUCAGAUUCUUUGUAUUCUUCUUCGUUUAUAUUUGUCAAUUUGCUGUGCACGUGCUCCAGGCUGCAGGAUUUCAUAACUGGGGCAACUGUGGUUGGAUCUCAUCUCUUACUGGUCUUAACAAAAGCAUCCCCGUUGGCAUCAUGAUGAUAAUCAUAGCAGCACUCUUCACGGCGUCGGCGGUCAUCUCACUAGUCAUGUUCAAAAAGGUACACGGACUAUAUCGCACAACAGGUGCCAGUUUUGAGAAGGCCCAGCAGGAGUUUGCCACAGGCGUGAUGUCCAACAAGACUGUGCAGACGGCAGCGGCGAACGCAGCUUCCACUGCGGCCACCAGUGCGGCUCAGAACGCUUUUAAGGGAAACCAGAUUUAGAGAGUCUUCCGACAAUACGCUGGCGCCUUCUGACUGUACUUUUAUCUCCAGUUACUGUAUUCCACGAAUAUUUUUAUGUUCAGAACACACCGUACACAUAGCAUGUAUAGUUCCUACUCACUUGUGCAUGGGCUAGAACCGGAAAAACUUCCUUGUCUGAUUAUUUACCUAAAACUUUCUUAAUAUUUCAGUGCCCCUUGUAGACAAAAAAAUUACACAUUCAAUAAAUAUUCCCCAUAUUUCUGGGGGAUGAAUGCUCAGCAGACCUGUUUUCAGUGGUGAGACACCGAUAGUAAGUAGUAACAUGGUACAUCCGAUUAAAAACGCUUCUUGUACUAGCGGCAGCAUCCUCUCAACACCCGCACACUGAGACCACACAGAGGAGCAAUGAACACAUGCUGCCUUCUUCUCCCUUCUUACAUUGGGAGAAACAGGCCACCCGAGAGAGGCUUACAGGAUUCGGUUUGCUUCGUAGCAGUUCAGUCAUCGACAAAGAAGAGCCCGUGUGCAUUUCAUACUAGAUAAUGUCAUUUUUAUCUUUUUAUUUUUAUUUUAGAGUAGCUGCUAUUUUGAUAUCAGACUCUGAUCCUGCAUGGGUACCACAUUUCUCAGAUCAAAAAUAGGAUUUUGGGUUCUGCACUGCUCAGAGUUGUAGCAUUGGGACAUUCCUACCACCUAGAAAUGGUUUUCUGUAGUAGCUUAUUUUAAAUUAAAAAAAAAAAUUGUCCGUAGUAUGAACAUGUAAUAUAUAACAUGCAGUGCAUUAUCCAAAAGAAAAAGGUAGUUGAUGGAAUAGAAUGUAGUGAUAAUACUUUUUUUUUUUAAUUUUCAGUAUUCAUGUCACAGUAAAAUACUACUGUAUAGAAACUUUGGUAUAUUCUUGUGGCUACCCUUUUUAAUUGAGCUGAGAUUGUGUUUGGUAGCUCUUUUUUUGGGGGGGGGCUGUGUGUGUGUACUUUUUAACAGAGGUAUUAAAGUCUAGUCUAACUGUCCAAAAAGAACAUACAGUAUUUAAAGGAUUUUUUUUUUUUCAGCCUCUCAUCCUCAGUGUCAUUAAAAAUAAAAAAAAGACCUUGGCAUCUCACAUUUAUGUAAGUCUCUAAUGGACUUUAGUCAUUCAGUUUCUGAGAUAGACUGGAAUAUAUAUCAAACAUUUUGUGCAAUAGAAAAAUCAAACAUUUAACUUGCACCAAGUAAGAAAAUGAAAUACAUAAUUAUUCUUAUGAUCACAUUAAAAUUUAAUGCUCAGUUUAUUCAAAUUUAAAACUUUGAAUCAAUUUUAAUACAACUAAGCCAGCCAAAAACAUUUGUAAAGUUACGUUACUACUGUGUUCUGAAAGUCAGUUAAUUUAAGCUUGCAGAAUAGUAGUGACUUAUGCAGCUUGAUUUUAAGUAUGGGUAACUUUUGGAUCACAUUAUUUGAAAAUGCAAAUCCCUUAGAAAUCAGGUGUACAUAAUUGGCCGAGUCAUUUUAAUUUUUCUCAUGUGGGUGUGGAAUGGUGAGUUCUCAUAACUUAUAAAAAAUGCUUUGUGUGAGGUUAGUAAUGAGGGUCCAUCCAAAUAAUGUUUACAUUUGAUUUAUUUGGAAUUUAUUUAAUUAUAAACUUGGAAGAUAACUCCUUUUAUCCUAGAGAAAAUAGGGUUCAAAUUAUGAAUUCAAACUUUUAAUAUUUCUGAUCACUAAUACUCAUCUCUGCCUACUUCUCAACCCAGCUAAGCCAGCUCAGGGUUUUCAGUUUAUAACCUUGUUGAAUAUCACAUUCUGUGGUCUGGGAGGUAGCGCCGUGGAUAAAACUUUGGACUCUCAAGCAUGAGGUCCUGAGUUUAAUCCCUGGCAACACAUGGCACCAGAGUGAUGUCUGGUUCUUUCUCUCUCUCCUAUCAUUUCUCAUGAAUAAAUAAAAUCUUUAAAAAAAAAAAAAAGAAAAUACAUUCUAUCAGAAUGCUUCACUGAAUCUGAAUUUUACAAAUACUCAAAAUAUCAAUCACAGAACACAACAAGAACUCUUACAUUUGCUAUCUCAAGUCUAUUUUGGCAUUCUUUACACAACAAGUAAAGAUAUUAUCAGAGUGACUUAAUAAUGAAGACUCUUCAGAAUAAGAAUUCCUUAGUAGCAUUGUUAAACAGCAAAGAGUAAUUUCCACCAGUGAUGCUUUUUUUGUAUGUGGGUGGGGAAAACGUUUUAAGAUUCAACUUUCUAGCAUAAUACAAACUUAUGAGAGAAAACUGCAUUAAAAAAGUAUGCGUUAAAAUAACAGCGGUGUUUACCAGUUUUAUCAGCUAUAGGAGUCUGUAUAACUCCUUACACUCUCUUUUCUUUUAGCAGUGAUCAGUAAGGAACGUUUUCACUCGGCAAGAGAUCAGCAUUUUCUGGUGUUCUUGACAAUGCUAAGAAUUCCCAGCAUCACAGUUGUGGGGUGGCUUUUCACGUUGUAACACCCACGUCAUAUUUUAGUUUGCAAUAUCUAAUUGUAGGUAUUUUAUCUCAAACUAAAGUUUGAACACUGGAAAUCAUCGCUUCGUGAUGUAUGAUUUGGAGCUUGGAUUAUUUAUGUAGAGAAACUUGUCUAUUUUGUCAGCAGCAUUAUGCUGUCAUCCUGGUGACUGUCUGGGUUCUCUGUUAACGCCUUUCAUCUGUCUUCCUGAUGUUGCAUGUUUUCAGUGGUUUGGAAGUUUUGUAUAUUUAUUGUAUUAACAUGGACUGUCAUAAAAUAAAAGGCUGUUUACUGGA